AUGGGUGGGAUCGAUGACAGCGGCACUUGCCCGGUUUUAUCCGGGGAUGCGCCGAAGUGCACGCCUCCGAGACGCAGGCCGGUGGCGUCGAUGUCGUCGUCGAUACCACCCCCUUCAAACUGCUUCGCCGAGCUUCCACUCGACCCCGGAUAGCUGCUCCAACGUCACGCCACUGAGCCCCAUUCCCCCAAGCCGCUGUCGCACAUCUUCCAUGGCACAAUCACAACGACAAGCAUCCCCGUUUCGGCCGCCCUCUUGGUUUGUCUCGAUUUGCUGUGGCACCUCUCUCCCCGAAAUGAGCUCAGGCUUUCCGGGUGAGGAGGAUCAGGAUCCAGAAAGGACACGAUCAGUUGGUACCUGCGCGUGUGCGGUGUAGGCGCUUCUCGAGACGCCGGACUCCCCCACACCUCCCGCUACCCGUCGGUCUGACUCUGUCCCUUUGUUAACCUUUGCUUUGAGGCUGUUCGUACGCCGGCUUGGGCUCCGCCAAUGGUGAUCAGCGAUUGAUUGUCAAAACAAUUCAGGCUUAGAUACGCACGGAUGCUCUUCUUGUAUGCUCGAGUACAAAGAAUAUUUGAAGAAGCACAUUAUUAUCACCUAGACUAUUUACCGCCUCAAGAGAGGAGGGAGAUAAGGCAGUAGAGUGGUGUUCCGGCCGGGCGUCCCAAUCGGUUCUUAGUACGAUGAUGGAUACUUCGCUAUGGUCGCGAAGUAUCCGGAGGGCACCGCUGUCAUGCAUGACCGGGAAUCGAACAGACCUAUAAUGUUCCCCCGGUCCAGCCUGUUGGGGGGGUUCAGGGCAUGUCCCCUGACCCUUGGGAUUGCACCGCCUCCCUCGGCGUGCUCUCGCGACCAACACCCAGGUACCGCCGAUCACGCGAGAGAACUGAGCCAUAUCCCUACCUUUGUACCUGACCAACUGCCAGCCCUUGUGAGUGCUGAACCUGAUAACCUGAUUAUGGAGCUUGUGAGGAACGUUGUGACUGCUGGUGGACGCCGCCAAUAACCACCGCUGGUUGAUUGUUCUGGAUGAUCGAUCUCUACAGACACGCUGAUGAUCUGUGCUUAGGUGAGAGGUAUCUAUCCUGAUCAAAAGAGAGAUACAACCUUGUCUGGAAGAUGGUACAGGGGCUUGACGAACGCGAAGCGAUUUUUUCUGGGGUGUUUAUGUCAGCGCGUUCUUUCUUCUCGCUUCAUCUUCUCCCCGACUUCCCCUGCCGGUUCGAUCCGCUUACUUUUCAACAUCAGUCGAGCCCUCGCUAGACUCCCCCCGAUGACUCUGUUAGCAUGACUUGCUCUCCCACCUCGAGGGGUCCCCUCGCCACUCAUCUUGCACCUUUGGAGUCUAGUGUGUGCCAAUUGUGUGAUUGCUACAUGCUGUCACCACACGUGCGCUGGUUUUUGGGUUGAUUGCUUCGCAUUUGUUUUUUCUUCUCUUCAUAUUUCUCCGCUGCUCUCCGUGCAUGCAGCAGUGUUGCACUCUUUGGAGGGCCGAACCCGUAACCGAUUACGCCUUCCUCGCGAGAAUCAGCCAAGCUGAUGUGCACGCAGCCACGCCCUGUUGCACGCAACGAUCUUCUCCUAUCGCACCACAUCUUUUGCGUGGAUCUACUGACACGGGUUGGCAGUUGGUCAGGCACAAAGGCAGGGAUAUGGCUCAGCUUCUCUCGCGUGACCGGUGGUGGUACAGAUGGCGUUCGAAUUUAGAGCUUAGCAGCUAAGACUGACUCUUAUGGCUCCCGAAAGUUGGCCACGGAACGGAUUUUUUCAAUUUUCGUGGCAUGUCCAUCUUAUGGGCACGGAUGCGGCGGGUUUAGGGUAAAAAAAAAAUCGUUUGGAACAUCUGGGCCGAGGGCCCAACGAUAGUUGGGCAUAUAUUUCGGAUGGGAAUCGGGCCCGGAUGUUGCCGACGGAUUGUUCGUUUUGAUCGAACACACCGAAAUCGCGGGGUCACACCGCAUCCAUCCCGAGCGGCAACCGAGCCGUGGCGUGUGUGUGCACGAGCUUUCCAGCACCCAGCACAGACUGGACCGGGUGCGCGAUGGAGCACGCGAGUGCGGCCGACGACAGCGGCAGCGACGACGAACGACAUGCCCACCUACUUGUUCUUCUUGCAGCAGCGAAGCGGAGACGUCGCGAGCGGCAACGCGCUGUGCUUACCGUGGCGACCUGGCGAGUUGUCCUGCGGUCCU